AUGCUCGCAGCUACGAAUUAUGAUGGAACGUUCAAAUAUACCAGCUACUUCGGCAACACAGGCCUGAAGCCCGAUGCGAAACAAGUAUCAGAAUCGACGACCUUCUGUAUCGCUUCAUCCACCAAGCUCGCAACUUCCGUCGCAGUGAUGCAAUGCGUCGAGCGUGGCCUCAUUAGUCUAGAUGACGAUGUCUCUGUUUUCUUGCCCGAAUUGAAAGGUGCCCAGAUCUUCACCAAAAUUGAGGAUGGGAAGCCAGUCAUGAAGAAAGCUCAGAAUACAAUCACAUUGAGUCAAAUGCUUUCGCAUACCAGCGGGCUUUCAUCUCUCGAAGACGAGGAGAUCAUGGGAUAUUACCAAGCUAUUGGGGAUUCCAGAGGAACUCUACUCAUGCGGUAUUUCAUGUCCGAGGACGAGGACGUGAGAGCGAAAGCACUCCCCGAAGUCCAACAUGUUAUGAACAGUCUAGAAGUUGAGCCGCUCCUUUUCGAGCCUGGAACGGGUUGGACUUAUGGUCAAGGUACAGAUUGGGCUGGACAGUUGGUGGAAAGGUUGACCCAUCAGUCCAUCGAGCCCUACUGCCAAGCCAACAUUUUUGCCCCCCUCUCGAUGAAAAGCACAACCUUUCGCCCAGCAGACCACCCUCACAUCCGCGAAAACCUCAUGGAAAUGGCUUUCCGCCACAAAGAUGGCACCAUCAAAAAUGAAGCCAGCAUAUAUCCCAUCACUCCAACGAUUGAACUGGGUGGUAGCGGUCUCUACACUUCAGCUCCAGACUAUCUUGUAUUCCUCACAUCUCUUCUUCGCAACGAUGGCAAAGUAUUGAAGCAAGAGACUGUAAAUCUUAUGUUCAACUACAAGAUCCCCGACAAGGAUAUCAUGAAAAGCGAGAAAGUGAUGGAGUUCUUUGAGGACCCGGCGGAGCCUGAUAUGGCAUAUGAUCAUUGCCUUUGCGGGCUGGUAAAUUUGAAGCAAGAGAGUACGGGACGAAAGGUUGGCAGUGUUCGUUGGGGAGGAGGGACAAAGAGCUUUUGGUGGAUUGAUAGGGCUGCUGGAGUCUGUGGCUUCUAUGGCACCCAGAUUCUUGGUCCUGCUGAGAAGCUAUCUGGUGAGAUGUAUAGGAAGUUUCAGAGUGCGGUGUAUGACGAACAUGCUCGCGUUGAAGCCUUGUAGUAGACGUGCACCUGAAGGGUUGAGCUGAAGUUGGAUGUGCCAGUGGGAAGCAGCAGAGUUGCACUCCACAAAUUUCAUUAUCUAGUGUCUUUCAAAGAAAUAUAUGUUGUCAUGUAAUCUCUAAUUACUUGUUUCCAAUAGCUUGCAAGCCCUCAAUUUUGAAACGGAUAAAGUUUGGAGGGAUAGCACCCCC